AGGUAAUAGAUAAGAUAGAACAUGGAAAGUGAAAGGAAUCGGGAACAGAAAGCACUCGUCAAUGAACUAAUUCAGGGGUUGGAGAUAGCAAGAAAGUUGGAAGCAGACUUGAAGAUACCCUCUUCAGUUGACACUCGAGACUCCCUCUUACAAAGGAUAUUAUCUUGUUAUGACAAGUCUUUACUAAUUCUAAGAUGGAAUGCAUUUAUUUCCAAGCCACACACCAUGCAACAUGCAACUAAAACUUCGUCACCAGAGUCCCCAGUAUCCGUCGAAAGAAGUUCUCCGAGGGAAAACGUUCCAGGGGGCGUCAAGGAGCUUAAACACAAUCCAAAGAAAAGAAAAAUGGUGCCAGAAUGGAUGGAUCAUGUUAAAGUGAAGAUCGAGAGUGGCGUUGAAGGACCCUAUGAAGAUGGGUACAAUUGGAGAAAAUAUGGACAGAAAGACAUCCUUGGUGCAAAAUAUCCCAGAAACUAUUAUAGGUGCACGUUCCGCAACACUAGAGGUUGUUGUGCCACGAAGCACGUACAGAGAUCAGAUGAAGACGCCACUAUCUUUGACAUAGUUUACCGAGGAAGCCACACCUGUGGCCAGGGAAACGAUGCCGUUUUGCCGCCAAAGUCACCAGACAUACAAGAGAAAACGCAUGGUUAUGAUAGUGACGUCGUUCACCUUCACCAUGCACACCCAUCACAAGAAAACCCAACAAAUUUCAGCAACAUUUUAACUGUUAAUCAAGAAAUGGCAUAUCCAUUCGGAUGCAUGACACAAGAUAACCACACCUUGCUUCCUUCUUCGGUCCCUGAGAAUGAUCCUAUGUUGAGUAGCAUUAGCAACUUCUUGUCUCCACACACGCCAGAAACAAUAAGUUAUUUUCCAUCUCUCAUUGACAAGCCAUAUCCAGAUUCUGAUGUUGCUUGGAUCGUUUCAACCGAUACAUCAGCCUCCAAUAUUCCGAUUUUCGAUUUUAAUUUCUCACUCGAAACAGAGGGAAUUUAUUCAAACUUCCCUUUCAAUUAAAUGCUUCGGGGUUUUUCUUCUAUUUGCACUAGAUAAUAAAUGUCAUGCUACGUGUACUAUGUUUGGUUACCAUUUAAAAGAAAAGGAUGCCUCAACCAUUCUUAUUU